AUGGAAAAUUCUAAGCAGAGCUGGCUUGACGUGUUUAAGACAUCCGGGAUGCGGAGGAGGUUGUUCAUUAUGGCUUUCUUGGGUCUGUUCACCCAGUGGAGUGGGAAUACUUUGAUUACGUACUACUUGAGCAAUCUUAUCGGCGUUACAGAUAGUGUAGUCAAAUCUAAAAUCAACAUCGGCAUCGCCUGCUGGGGUUUAAUCACCGGAACAACAGCUGCCCUAUUGGCACCACGAGAGGUUCAUCAAUACGAAGAGCCAUGCUGCUGCCAUACUAACCAUUUUCUUUAUUUUGCCUCUUCUCUGGAUUAUAAUAUCGGAUAUAACGCUUUAACGUAUACAUACCUCGUUGAAAUAUUUCCCUAUACCAGCCGUUCGCGCGGUAUCGCUUGGUUUCAAUUCUACGGCCGCGGCGCAGCAUUCUUUGCAACUUAUACAAACCUCAUCGGACUGCCACGUAUUGCCUGGAAAUGGCUGGUAGUGUAUUGCUGUUGGUUGGCCUUUGAAAUUAUUUUCAUUUACUUGUUUUUCCCUGAAACAGCGGGAAGGACCUUGGAAGAGCUUUCAUUUUUGUUCGAGGGAAAAGAAAAGGCGAAUGAAGUCGCAAAUGCGGCUGUGACUCAGAUUUUUAAGGGCGCCGAGGAGAAGAGAACCAUAGAUACCGCGCAUGUUGAGGUUGUGGAUAAGGGAAGAGCUGUAUGA